AUGGUCGAAUCGGCUGGACUAUUCGCGGAUUACCUCGCGUCGCUGCCGGCCGCGCAGCUCGACCGCCUAUACUCCUCCCUCUACACGUGCCAAGCCGUGCUCAGGUCCCUGCCCCCACUAGCCAAGCAGUACGUGCUGCGCCUGCUCUUCCUCACAGACCCUGUGCCCUCCGCACUCGUGGCUGAUUGGCCCAAGCCCGAGGCUCACAGCAAGCACAAGGCGGCCCUUGAUCGGCUGCAGCAGCUGCGCCUGCUGCUGGCAUGCAGCGAAACCGGGUCGCUGACAGCAUCAGGAUCGUCGUCGGCACCAGCAGCAUUCCGCCUGAACCCCACCUUCCAGCAGCAGUUGCAGCAGGCUCUCACGUCAGGAGCGCCCGUCUCUCGACCCAGCGUGCCGGCCUCUGUGGCCACGCGCCUGCCAUCUGCUGCUGAGCUGGCAGCCCAUGCCACGAGCCACUGGGAGGCGGUCCUCAUGCAUCUCAUAUCGCCGCCAUCCAUAGCGGGGGGCCACGGCGCUGCUGUCAGCACACGAGUGCUCAUACGAGCUGGCCUCCUCACCCACUCGGGAUCCUCUCUCUCAGUCGUGUCAACCUCUGCCUUCCCCUUCCUUCUCAAGGAUCGGAACGAGCAGCUGUGGGCGAUAGUGUCAAGCUACAUUGAGUCGGCCCAGGACCGAGGGCAUGACAGUGGGGAUGUCAUCGCCUUCCUGCUGGAGCUGGGCUUUCACAACAUAGGCACGCCAUACAGCAUGUCAACGCUGACAAGCAUGCAGCAGGAGGUGGUGGAGGAGAUCGCACAGCUGGGCUUCGUGCUCACUCAGAAGGGGAGGCACGACCAGUGGUUCAUCCCAACGCACCUUGCAGCAGCUCUCUCCUCCAGCCUAUCAGAAUCUGCCACGUCAGAUUCAGAGGGCUUCAUAGUGGUGGAGACCAACUUCAGAGUGUAUGCAUACACGCAGUCCAAGUUGCAGGCAGAGAUUCUCUCUCUCUUCAUGCGGCUGGAAUACCGGCUGCCCAACCUGGUGGUGGGGAUCAUUAACCGAGAGACUGUCAACAACGCGCUUGCUCUCGGCAUCGUUGCGGAGCAGAUAGUGCAGUACAUGCGGAAGAACGCUCAUCCUCUGGUGGCCACGAAGCCCCCUGUGGUGCCCGAGACAGUGGUGGACCAGAUCCGCCUGUGGGAGUUUGAUCGCAACCGAGUGGCCACCACUGCUGCCGUGCUCUACGACGACUUCCCCACUCAGGAAGUGUUUGAAGCCAUUGUACGGCAUGCGCAGCAGAUUAAAGCGUUGCUGUGGAAAGACAACAAGAAGAGAAAGUUUGUUGUUCGUGCAGAUGCACACGAGAGCGUGCGUACGUUUAUUCGCCACCUCGGCAGCAAGAAGAAACGACGUAGUGACGCGUAG